AUAACAAGUGUAUGACGUGAUCACUUGUUGUUCGUUGACAUAACUCAGUACUCACACCCAAGGCACCAUGGAACCUUAUGAAGUCUUAGUCAAUCAGCCAGUAGUUAUUGACAAUGGUUCUGGUGUCAUUAAAGCUGGGUUCGCAGGUGACCAAGUUCCAAAAUGCCAUUUUCCAAACUAUAUUGGUCGUCCAAAACAUGUUCGUGUUAUGGCUGGAGCUCUGGAGGGAGAUCUUUUUGUGGGACCCAAGGCUGAGGAACAUCGUGGUUUACUUUCAAUAAGGUACCCCAUGGAACAUGGCAUUGUGACUGAUUGGAACGACAUGGAAAAAAUAUGGCAGUACAUUUACAGUAAAGAUCAGCUUCAAACUUUUUCAGAAGAGCAUCCUGUGCUGCUGACAGAGGCGCCCCUCAACCCCCGCCGGAAUAGAGAAAAGGCAGCCGAGAUUUUCUUCGAGACCUUCAAUGUGCCCGCUCUGUUUGUCAGCAUGCAAGCAGUCCUCAGUCUGUACGCUACUGGCCGCACCACAGGUGUGGUGUUGGAUUGUGGUGAUGGUGUCACGCACGCUGUACCCAUCUACGAGGGCUUCGCUCUGCCUCAUUCCAUCAUGCGAUCAGAUAUUGCAGGCAGAGACGUCACUAGGUACCUGAAGCUGCUGUUGCGCAAGGAAGGACUUUGCCUCAACACGACGGCGGAGUUCGAGGUGGUGCGCUGCAUGAAGGAGCGCGCCUGCUACCUCGCCGCCUGUGCCCAGCGAGAGGAGACUGCUGACAAUGAGCGACUCAGCUACACCCUGCCUGACGGCUCCUCUGUCCAGAUCGGCCCAGCCCGCUUCCGGGCGCCUGAAGUGCUGUUUAGACCUGACCUGGUGGGCAGCGAGUGCGAGGGCGCCCACGAGGUCUUGGUCAUGGCCGUCCAUAAGAGCGACCUGGACCUGCGCAGGCUACUCUUCCAGAACCUGGUCAUCUCAGGUGGUUCCAGCUUGUUCAGAGGCUUCGGCGACCGCCUAUUGACAGAAGUGAAGCGCGCCGCCCCCAAGGAAGUCAAAAUCAGGAUUUCGGCGCCUGCCGAGCGUCUCUACUCGACAUGGAUCGGUGGUAGCAUCCUCGCCUCGCUCGACACCUUCAAGAGGAUGUGGCUUAGCAAACGAGAGUAUGAAGAAGAUGGAGCAAGAGCUCUGCAUAGAAAAACUUUCUAGACUUCCCUAUGCUCGUCUCCAUUAUACUCCUCGUCUUUACUGAGAGUAGUUGGAAAAUAGAUAAGAAAAGGUCUCAAGUUUCUGAAGCAUUUAUGCUUGCCUCAAGUAUUUUCUUGUUAAAAAAGUAUACCAAUACUAAAGAUGGAAGACAAUUUUGCUGGAUCCACUCUAAAUUGGCAACCGCCUUGGAAAGUGAAUUUCUAUUUUGCGGUUUCACGUGCGCUUUGAAUAUAAAAAUUCUUGUUUAUUUUAAUAUGAAUGCAGUUAAAUAAUGCUUGAUCAAAUAACUUUUAUUGAAGAUUGCUUUAUCUAUGUGUUUUCACCGUCAUUGAUAUUUGAAAUCCAGUUACGGUAGAUAACAAAAAAAUUAUGGGGAAUGUGUAACUUAUCUUAAAUUUACACACACAUGAAUUUAUUCCUUUCAUUGAAUAUCCAAAGAAAACUUGGCAACCAGCUACCUUGGGGUGGGGGUUCACUUUUGUGUAUCUGCUAUUUAAUUCAAUAUUCGUGUGAUCGAUACAAUCGACCUAGUUAAGUUAAGCACCAAUGUUGCUGCUAAGUUAAUGUCGCUUGGACUUCUCGCUAAUUUAUAUAAAUCUAAUAUAUCUUCUGGCUAACAAGCGUACUUGUCACGUCUUAACUUGCUCUCCUGUGAAUUUCUCUCCUUUAUGAUUUUUCAUUAUUUUCCAACACAACAUUUAUCCAUAAUAUUCGUUGUUUUUAUGUCCGAUUGAGAGAAAUUUUUAUUGAAAAUGAGAAUCUGUGGCCGAGUAAAAAUUUAGCCGAAAAGAAUCAUUUUAUCCGCGGUAUUCCCUGAAUAUUCCUAUCCUAAAUUUGAUGUUUUUAACAAUGACACUAUAUAUAUAUAUGGAUAACUUUGCUUCAGUCGACCAUACGCCCAUGGGUAGUAACGUCCAUCGGUUGUAAUGAGUUUGUGAAGAUCUUAAUCACACGUAAGUUCAUUUCAAUAAAAAUAAAUAAAUUUCUUCAUUGGAAUGAUCACGAAUUUUAAGAGUCGUUCUUCUCCAUGUGCAUGAUAUUAAUUUUUUUCGCA